CGUAGUUCCGUUUUAUAGGCUGCUUCUACAUACGAUGAAAAAGAUGAUGCUGCAGUCGAAUAUGAUCUGAUAGUGACAAUUAAAUAUUUAUCUACAUCGUUAUAUAUAAAGUCGAUGUUGUUGUUUUUUGUUAGAUUGCUUUAUAAAACGUGUACUUAACGGAAAAAGACAGUCAGAAGAGUAAUUUUCUUGAUGUUUAGUGUUCCUACUCUGUUAUACCAAUCAUUAUUGAUACUUUAGUCGUAGGUUGUAUAUAAUGAAAAUGAUACAUUUUAAACGUUACAAAGUUGUUGUGUGAAGUUGUGCAAACAUAUUUAGAUUACGUUAUACUCAGCGGUCCAGAACUUUACAGUAGUAUCCAGAUGUCAGAGUCCGGUCACAGUCAGCCCGGCAUGUACGGACAGGGAAGGAGAAGAAGGCGACGUCGAGACAGAGAUCCAGGACCACCAGGACAAAACCUCUCUGGUCCCAGCCGUGAUCGAGACUACGUUCCCCGCGAGCGCAGGGAUGGUAGCGAGGAACCUACAGGUCCUCUUUUACAGAAGACCCCCAUAAUUCUGGCCAAACCUCCUGGAGAAAGAUCCAGACCAAGUGCUCCUGUAAGUGGGACCGCAGCUUUGGAGAAGCCAAUCAUGCUUAUUAAACCCAGAGAGGAGGGGGGAAAACCUGGGACCACACCUGAUGUUCCCCCUUCAGCCUCAGGUGCAGGAACUGCCAAACUGGAGAGGGAAGGCCAGCGCCCAACUCAGCCUGUUUACCAGAUCCAAAACAGAGGCAUGGGCUCAGCUGCAUCUGGUGGAGCUGUUGAUCCUGUGAUUGGCCAGACUAAGCUCCUCCCCCCUGAGAAGAUGAAGCACAGCAUAAAGCUAGUGGAUGACCAAAUGAAUUGGUGUGACAGCGCUAUGGAGUAUCUGCGUGAUCAAACGGACAUGUUGGUAGUGGGAGUUAUUGGUCUGCAAGGAACAGGCAAAUCCACAGUCAUGUCUCUUCUGUCAGCCAACAGCCCAGAGGAGGACCAGAGGGCAUAUGUAUUCAGAGCUCAAACACAAGAGAUCAAAGAGAGGGCUGGAAAUCAGAGCAGCGGUAUCGAUUUCUACAUCACUCAGGAGCGAGUCAUCUUUCUGGACACACAGCCAGUUUUGAGCCCCUCUAUUUUGGAUCAUCUUAUCAACAAUGAUCGCAAGCUUCCACCCGAAUACAACCUGCCACAUACGUACGUCGAGAUGCAGUCUCUGCAGAUCACUGCCUUCCUCUUUACCGUGUGUCAUGUUGUGAUUGUAAUUCAGGACUGGUUCACUGAUACCAACUUGUACAGGUUUUUACAGACUGCUGAGAUGCUGAAACCUUCAACUCCAUCUGCCAGCCAUGACAGCACUGGCUCCUCAGGAGCUGAUGAUGCCUCUGAAUAUUAUCCUCACAUAGUUUUUUUGCAGAACAAAGCAAGUCGGGAGGAGUUCUGUCCGCGGAACCUGAAGAAGAUGCAUAUGGUGGUUGACAAGCUUAUGGCUUACUCCCAUCUAAAAUAUAAAGGUACAUUGUCCAUGUUGGACUGCAAUAUAUUUCCAGGCUUGAGUCGAGACUACUUUGAAACAGAAGUCAAUCUUUUUCUAUUGCCUAUGAUGGAAAAUGAUGGAGAAGAUGCUUUGACAAGAGCAGGUUCAGGUCCGCCACUAUUCUCUCUGCUUCCUGGUUAUAAAGGCCAUCCCAGUUUUUCUUCUCUGGUGUCUAAGUUUCGCAGUCAAAUCCUGGCUAUGUCCCGGAGUCAGCUCUCACAUACAAUCCUCACUGAGAAAAACUGGUUUCAUUAUGCGGCUCGAAUUUGGGAUGGUGUUAAGAAGUCAUCGGCCCUCUCUGAGUAUAGCCGGCUGCUGUCAUAGUGAUGUUGUGAAAACCUUUGAAGUCCUUGGUAAAGAGAAUUGGGCCCUCAGAUGAUUUCAGAAAGAAGGAUCAUUCUCAGAGAGAAGAUUAAGCCACAGAAGUAGAGCUGGAUUGUGUUUAUCAAACUUCUCUAGAGGUUUAACCCAGCAGCUCCUAUGUGCAACAUGGGAUUUGCUGUUUGUUCACUGAGAAUUAACCAGUGCCUGCAAAGUCCAUACAUUAACCAGUCAAGUGUUAAAGAUUUAACUUAUUUUUAUGGUAAGAGAUGGUGUACAAGGAUUUGGCAAUGUGAACCAUGAAAUGUAAUUUUUGUUUUCCCAGUUGUAUUCUGCUGAUGUAAACAAUGCAAUGUUUAAAAUAGUGCACUGUGUAUUUGAAGAUACCGGUUUGAUCAAGCAGUUGUUUCUUUAAGGCGAUUAUAACACAUGUUUCUAAAUAAAUGGUCCAUGAGAAGAAAAUGUGAUUUAUUUUCAAGUUUAAGCUUGGUGGCUUUAUUA